AUGGAUUUCGAGAAAACAUGGUUUCAAAAUCCGGAAUAUGUACGAUCCGUUGACAAGUCUGAAAAACUGCCGAAGGCAGGUGAAAAAAAUAUCUUGAUAACAUCUGCCCUACCUUAUGUUAAUAAUGUGCCACAUUUGGGCAAUAUUGUUGGAUGUGUCUUGAGUGCUGAUGCUUUUUCAAGAUACUGCUACUUGAAAGGUUGGCGUCGAUUAUUUAUUUGUGGUACGGAUGAAUAUGGUACAGCUACAGAAACAAAGGCAAUACAGGAGGGUUUAACACCACGCCAAAUAUGUGAUAAGUAUCAUGCGAUACACGCAGAGAUCUAUAAAUGGUUCAACAUCGAUUUUGAUCAUUUUGGUCGAACAACUACGCAGCAUCAGACAGAACUUACACAAGAAAUUUUUCUCAAACUUCAUAAAAACGGUUUCACUUCAAUCGAUGUCGUUAAUCAGUUGCACUGUAAUAAUUGUAGCAGGUUCUUGGCAGAUCGUUUUGUAUGUGGUGAAUGCCCGUACUGUCAUUAUGAUGAUGCACGAGGAGAUCAGUGUGAUACCUGUGGAAAAUUAAUAAAUGCCAUAGAGUUAAUAAAUCCCCGAUGUCACUUAUGCAGGACAACGCCUACUAUAAAACAGUCGAAUCACAUCUUUCUUCAAUUAAAUAAAUUAGCAGGUGAAGUAGAAAAACACUUAGAUAGGCAGCUUAAUUCGAGAAAAAAUCAAUGGUCAGCAAAUGCUGUAUCAAUUGCGAAAAGUUGGCUGAAAGGUGGUUUGGAAAGGCGCUGUAUAACCCGAGAUUUGAAGUGGGGUGUACCCGUCCCACUCGAUAAUUUCUCGAAUAAAGUGUUUUAUGUUUGGUUUGAUGCGCCAAUCGGUUAUUUGUCAAUUACUAAAGAGUACUUGGGAGAAGGCUGGUCACAGUGGUGGAAAAACCCAAGAGUUAUUUUGAAUCUCUUUCUGUUUGCCUUAACUUUAUUCAUUUUUCCUUUUCAUGACAAUGUUGCUUUCCACGCCGUUAUGUUUCCUGCUGCGCUAAUUGGUACGCGUGACAAUUAUACCGUGGUGAAUCGUCUCUGCGCAACAGAAUAUCUGAAUUACGAGUCUACGAAGUCGCGUGGUACAGGAGUUUUUGGCGACAUGGUUGCAGAAACUGGUAUCGACGCCGAUAUUUGGCGAUUUUAUUUAUUAUACAUUCGCCCCGAAACACAAGAUACUUCGUUUUCCUGGGAUGAUUUCGGAUUAAAGGUUAAUACAGAACUUCUGAAUAAUUUGGGCAAUUUCGUGAACCGUGCAUUAAUGUUCUUAUCCAAGUACUUUGAUGGUGUGGUACCAGAUAUGUAUCUCGAGGAACAAGACAAAGCGUUGUUAGUACAAGUUGCGUCUGACUUAUACGAAUUUGAUUCUUAUCUCAGUUCGGUGAAACUUCGUGAUGGUAUCGUAAAAGUCCUCUCUAUAUCGAGGCAUGGUAAUCUAUAUAUACAGUCAACGCAACCUUGGGUUUUGAUCAAGGGAAGUGAAAACAACAGGAAACGAGCAGGUACCAUAAUCGGUAUAGUAGCAAACUUAACUUACCUAAUUGCUGUUUUGCUUUAUCCCUACAUGCCGUCCAUCAGUGCAAAAAUUCGUGAGCAUUGUGGCCAUCCUUCACUAGCUUUAUUGCCAACCACUCCAAUUGCUUUCUUAAAACCUGGUCAUAAAAUUGGCGAGCCUAAACCGUUGUUUGCAAAGAUGGAAAAAAGUGUAAUUGAUAAUUUCAAAAAAAAAUUUGGUGGUGGCGGUGAGUUAACAGUUAAUGAACAGGUGAAAAAAAAAGAAAUAAUAGAUAAGCGAAAGAAGACGAGAAAUGAAGAGGAAGAUAAUAAUGGAGAAUCGCUUAAAGAUAUGGCGUCAUCAUCCCUUUAUUCGAAACUAUUAGCCAAUCAAAAAAAAAUUGAUUCUUUAUUGAAAGUUGCAAGCAUGAAGCUUGAACAACGAAAAGGAGAAUUCGAAAAAGUGAAAAUGCAGGAACAGAAAAAACAAACACUUCAGUUGAGGACAGAAAUUGAACAAUUGAAGGCGAAAUUAAUUAAACUGGAAACAUUGGGUGGAAUAAAGCAAAUCAGCAACAUUCCGAAGUUUGAGAAAAAAUGUUUUCUUACGGAUGAUAGUAAUAAUACAACCUCACCGAUGCAAACGGGAAGGAUGAAUGAACAAAAUGUGGAUGAAGUAAAAUCUUUACGGAGGGAAAGAAAAGAAAAUAGAAGCGAAGGUACAAAAAGUAAAAAAGGGGAAAAGAAAAAUGAUGGAGAUGUUAAAAUUGAUGAGACAGUUGAUAUUGGCCGCUUGGAUUUACGAGUUGGUCGAAUUUUGAAAGCAGAAAAGCAUCCGGAUGCUGAUAGCUUGUAUGUUGAACAAAUGGAUGUUGGUGAAGAUGAACCUCGCACCGUUAUUUCUGGCCUUGUUCGAUACGUUCCUGUUGAGCAGAUGCAAAAUCGGCUUGUAAUAUGUGUUUGCAAUUUGAAACCAGUAAAAAUGCGUGGUAUCGAAUCGCAGGGAAUGGUUUUAUGCGCUUCUACUCCUGAAAAGGUUGAACUGAUUGAGUUUGAUGAAUGCUGCAUUCCUGGACAACCGGUAACCUGUGAAGGGUACAAAAGGCGACCGGAUCCUAUUCUAAAUCCAAAGAAGAAGAUCUGGGAAGGUAUUGCACCUGAUUUAAAGGUAAAUUGUGAAGGGCAAGUUGUUUACAAAGGGCAGCCGUUGUUGGUUAAUGGGCUUUCACCACUGUUAGCGCCUAGCUUACGAAAUGUACCAGUUAAAUGA